CCCAAUCGUCCUAAAAAGCCCUUGCGCUCGUACAUGCGCUGGUUCUCGGCGAACCGAGAGCAGAUCAAGCAAGACAAUCCAGAUGCCAGCAACACUGAGCUGUCUCAAAUCGGUGGCCAGCGCUGGAAAGAAGUGUCACAAGAGGACAAGGACAAGCUUGAAGAGGACUUUCAAUCAGAGCUCGCUGAAUGGGAGACAGCCGUGGCGGCCUAUGACGAGGCGCAC